AUGCAAAAUCCUAUUUUAACUCGAGCUCCAGAUAUCUUUCAUUUCUUAGUUUCUUUAAUGUCCUAAAACGGUAUUGAAAUUUCCAUUGCUUGUUCUGGAGUAGAAUUUUCGUUUUUAUAUAUUUCUUCUAAGGAAUUAAUUAUUUAAGAUGUUAGACUAAUUCUUGGAAAACAAUUUAAUGAUUUUUAUAUGCUUAAUAUUUUACCCAUAGCUUUUAGUUAAUAAGUAAAAGAAUAAUUUAAUAAUAAAUUAGAAUAUGUUGUUUCUAUUUUAGGAUUUUCCGCAGGAUAUGGCAGCAUAUGGCGUUUUCCAUAUUUAAUAUUCUAAAAUGGAGGGGGUGUAUUCUUAAUACCUUACCUUAUUUUUAUUUUUAUAAUCGGAAUACCUGGUUUUUACUUCGAAACUGCCUUAGGAUAACUUUUUUAAAAAGGACCUCCUGACUGUUUUUCUUUAGAAUAUUUUUAUAAUGAAGUAUUAUAAAUAUCCUCUGAAGUUGGAGAAAGCGGAAAUAUUGUUUACCCUUUAUUGAUAAGGAUAAAAAUUUCAGGAAAAAUAGCUAUUUUUACUGCCAUAGGUCCUUUUAUUUUUCUCUUUUUAUUUUUAGUUCGCGGCUUAAUGCUAGAUGGCGCAUUUAUUGGCUUGAAAUAUUUACUAAAACCCGAUUUUUCGAAGCUUUUUACUCUCUAAAUAUGGAUAGAUGCAGCUAACUAAGCUAUUUGGUAGAUAGGUUUAGGGUGCGCUGUUUUAAUAUAUUUUGGUUCGUACAGAAAUAGGAAGGAUGAACUUAAAAAUACAUCUUUUUUAGUUCCUUUAUUGACUGUUUUGUGUGGAUUUUUGAGCGCUUUUACCAUUUUUACAUAUAUGGGAUAUAUGUCCAAAAUUUCAGGAAUUCCAAUAGAGGAAAUUCCUUUGGCAGGGCCUGAUUUGGUUUUUGUCGUUUUUCCUUCUGUUUUUACUUUAAUGUCCUUUUCUAAUAUACUUUCAAUAUUUUUUUUAUAAUCAUGGUUUUAUUAGGAAUCGAUACUUAAUUUGCAAGUGUGGAUUGUUUAGCAGGCUUUAUUGAGGAUGAGUUUUUUGACGGAAAAUAAGAGAUUUUUUUAUUUCGUAUAAAAAUAAAUAUGA